UUUCUCUUCAGUCUAAUAAGAACUCUUCAUUUGUUCCCCAAAAGAGGAAAUCCCGUCCUUUGCAGCUCUGAAUCUCCGCUGGUGAGACAGAAAACUCAGCUGUGUUUUGGACCAUGGGAAAGUAUUAUGGGCUGGCAGUUGUGGUCGGUGUGGCCUUGUUGCUGUCGACUGGACAAUGUAAUGUGAACUGUAAAGGAGUGGACGGUCACCCAGGACAGGCAGGCGGCAAGGGCAGAGAUGGGUUGCCCGGACAGAAAGGAGCGAAAGGAGAGCCAGCUCUGAUGGACAACAACGUGGUGGACGCAGCCACCCUGGUGACCCUGAGAGGGAACAUAGGGACUCGGGGCCCGCAAGGGCCGAUGGGUCCUAAAGGUUACCGUGGCGUUCUGGGAGCACCUGGUAACCCUGGACCCCCCGGUCAGCCCGGUCCUGACGGACAAAGCAUCAACCACAAUGAUGGCUCCUCUCAGCAGGGCAAGGUCGCCUUCUCUGUGAUCAGGACUACUUCCACUUAUCCUCCCUAUAACAAGGCAUUAACCUACCAGGAAACUGCAGUCAACACACCUGCACCUGGGCACUUUGACCUAGGCAACGGUUACUUCACCUGCAGAGAACCUGGUGUUUAUUACUUCGUCUUCCACGCUGUAGCCAAGGCCAGCAUGUGUCUGCGUAUUGCCAGUGAAGCUCUGGGUCAAGAUAAGGUGGGAUUCUGUAAUUACAACAAAAACGUGGAUCAGGUGCUGUCGGGGAGUACGGUCUUGCAGCUGACAGCAACCCAGAGGGUCUGGCUCGAAUCCUUUUACGAUAUGCAGACAGAUACUGAUAGACGAGACAACAGAGAUAAAAAGAUCAUCUUCAGCGGCUUUCUGAUCUUCCCAAAUUCAGACUAAAGUUCAGUUGUGCACGUUGUGAUUUCACUAGACUGAGACCGCAACACUUCAUCAAUUUAGCAUCUAAAUGUCUCUGAUUGUUGUUCACACUUUUCAAAAAGCUGUUUUUAGAAGAACAUUUUACUUUUAACAGCAUCACAGCACAGCUUGUGAAACUUUAUUCACCGAUUUGUUUCCUUGAUACUCGCUCAUGUAAAUCUUAAUUAUCGUUAAUUUUGU